AUGCAUAUAACUGUGAUGUUAAGGGUGAUCUUAAUAUCUGCACAGAGUAGAAGAUCUCUCAUUCAGAUUUGUUUAAAAAAACAAUUUUUAAAUGUUUUGAGUAUAAUCAGAAAUAAACUUUCUAUAUAUGACUCUAUAAAAGGACUUGUACUGAGAACAAUAGAGAUCAGUGAUCUUAGUGAUCUUCUAUUAGAAGAUUGA